CUGCCCAGAGGGAGCCAUGGCUGCAGAGAACCCCGUGGAAAGUCUCCAGGAGGAAGCGACAUGUCCCGUCUGUCUGGAGUAUUUCACAGAACCUGUCACUCUGGAGUGUGGGCACAAUUUCUGCCGAGCCUGCAUCAGCCAGUGCUGGGAGGGAUCCGAUACAGCCGCCUCCUGUCCUCAGUGCAGAGAAACUGUGCAACAGAGAAACCUCAGGCCCAACAGGCAGCUGGCAAACAUGGUAGAAAUCACCAAGCGGCUGAGUUUACAGGCAGCAAAGGGAGCAGGAGGGGAUGGGGUGUGUGGGGAACACCAGGAGGCUAUGAAACUGUUCUGUGAAGAGGAUCAAACCCCCAUCUGUGUGAUCUGCAGAGAGUCCCGGGCUCACCACGCUCACACGGUGGUUCCCAUACAGGAGGCUGCCCAGGAGUACAAGGAAAGAAUCCAGGCCCAUUUGAAGACUCUGAGGGAAGAGAGAGAAAAACUGUUGGGAAUGAAAGCGACUACAGAAGGGAAGAGAGAGAAGUAUCUGAAACAAACACAAACCGAGAGGCAGAAGAUUGUGUCUGAAUUUCAGCAACUGCGGCAGUUCCUGGAGGAACAAGAGCGACUCCUGCAGGCCCAGCUGGAGAAGCUGGAUGAGGAGAUUGUGAAGAUACAGAAUGAAAAUGUCAGUAAUCUCUCUGAGCAAAUUUCCCGUCUCAGUGAGCUGAUCAAUGAGAUGGAGGGGAAGUGUCAGAAGCCAGCAAGUGAAUUCCUGCAGGUGAGACUGAAUGAGAAACACAGGUGGGUGCUCCUGGCCAGCCAACCCCCCAGCUCAGUGCUGCCCACCCCGCAGCCCUGCCGAUCAACUCCUCCCACUCCCUCCAGCACCACCAGCCUGCUGCGAUCAGCUGUUCCACUGUCGAAUGUGACUCUGGAUCCAGACACGGCUUAUCCCCAACUCAUCCUGUCUGAGGGUGGGAAAAGUGUGAGAUGGGGAGACACAUGGCAGCAUCUGCCCAACAACCCUGAGAGAUUUGACUCUUGGGCCUGUGUGCUGGGCUGUGAGGGAUUCACCUCGGGGAGACAUUGCUGGGAGGUGGAGGUGGAGGUGGGGGUGGGGCAAAGCUGGGCUGUGGGGGUGGCCAGAGAGUCUGUGGGGAGGAAGGGAGGGAUCAGCCUUAGCCCUGAGGGGGGGAUCUGGGCUGUGGAGCGGUGCUGGUGGGGUCAGUACCAGGCUCUCACCUCCCCUGAGACCCCCCUGCCCCUGAGCCGGGUCCCCAGAAGGAUCCGGGUUUGUCUGGACUGUGACCGGGGGCAGGUGACAUUUAUCGAUGCUGGUGACGAGGCCCCGAUCUUCACUUUCCCGCCGGGCUCCGUCCCUGGGGAGAGAAUCCGACCCUGGCUCCGGGUGGGGGGCAGAUCCCAGCUCAGACUGUGUCCCUGAGACACA